AUGACCUGCUUAGAAGAUGGGGGAAAGGGUGUGAGUGUUGUCUAUGUGGAUUUUAGUAAAGCUUCUGGCACCAUUUCUCACAAUAUUUUUCUAGCUGCUCGUGGCUUGGAUAUGUGUAUAGUUUGCAUCACUAAAACCUUUGAAAUGCUCAUCAAACUGUCUGAGAAUUACACAAGCACACUUUUCUGCAAUGCAUAUAAAAACAUGGCUGUUGAGGCUACUACACGUGUUCAGGAGUUUUUCACAGACGUUGCACUCUUUGUAUUUGGCACAGACAUCAGGACAGAGGAAUUUGUCAACAGAUUUUUUGACACCUUAUUCCCAGUGGUCUAUAAUCACGUGAUUAACCCCGGUCUGACUGAUGUUACACUGGAAUACGCACAAUGCCUCCAAAUGGCAAGAAGAGAUAUCAGGCCCUUUGGUAACAUUCCCAAUAAAGUCAUAGGACGAAUGGGAAGAUCACUAUUACCCAGCCGGAAUUUCCUGCAGGCUCUGAAUUUGGGGAUUGAAGUAAUCAAUACAACAGACCAUCUGCAUUUCUCUAAAGACUGCAGCAGAGCGUUACUGAGAAUGCAAUACUGUCCCCAUUGCCAAGGGCUGAUUUUGAGUAAGCCCUGUAUGGGCUACUGCCUCAAUGUCAUACGAGGCUGCUUAGCCUACAUGGCAGAAGUUGACCUUCACUGGCAGGAAUAUAUUCCGUCCUUGGAAGAGCUCUCAAGUGCUAUGCAUGGAACAUACGACAUUGAGCAUGUGCUUCUAAACUUUCACUCACUUGUUAAUGAUGCUCUCAUGCAAGCUCAUGUCAAUGGGCAAGAAUUAACUGAGCAGGGUCUGGUGUCAUCUGACGUGUCAGUCAUACUUAAAGGAGUACCACAACUUUCCUCCUUACUUGAUUAGCUGAAGAGGAAACAGCCUCUUCUGCUAAGCAGCUGAUACAAACUGUGAAACAACUUGACCUAGUAUAACAGAGAAUUCUUCAUUUCUUAUUGUGAGUGACUCAUGAUCUGCUGAAAACUUAGAUAAGCAAUUAAUGCAUCAGUGAUCCUGACACAGGAAAGAUGAUUAUGAGCCAGCUGACAAUGGCUUACUUAGGAAUUCAGCAGUCUCUGCAUUUUUAAAACUGAAUUUCAUCACAAUAACUUU